AUGAAAAUUUUCGUCACAUCAUUAUUAUCAUUGGUAUUACUUGUAGUUAUUAGUUAUAUUUCAGCUGGAAUAGUACCUGAAGAUUCAUCAAUUUCAAAUGAAACAUUAAAUAACAGAACAGAUUGGACAUUGAAUGAACUCGAAGGAAUCGAUUCUGGUCUUGUUGAUGGGAACGGAAGUCGUAUUGAAGAUAACGAACGAUCAGCACGUCUUCGUCGUUCAUGUGAUUGUUGGACAACACUUGGUCGAUGUAUGUCCAGUGGUAGUAGACAAUGUUACUUUGUGAAUGGACCAAGUAUUGUCAAAUGUGUCGGAGACUCAAGUUGGAAACGAGUUCGUCGUUGUCCAUCAGGAUGUGCAUGGAAUAAUGAUAAUCCUUACUAUGUGUUUGUCCUUGGAGAUCCACAUUCAACCGAAUUAUUCAUUCAACUUUUAUCUUUGAAUAACUCUCCAAUGGUUUUGAAAAAUGAUGAAAGAUUGAAACUUGAUUUACGACACGGUUACAUUUUUUCUCACAUUUUAUUCGAAUUUUGGUCAUUUUCUGUCGUUUCAGGUGAUGUUUCAUUGGAAAAUCUUCAUUUAAAACCUGAAGCUUUGAUUGGAUUUGGUAUUCCUGUAACAGUUGCUGUUGGAUUUAUCGAAAAGUUAUCCAUCGUCAUUCCAUGGAAAAAUCUUCAUUCAAAUCCAACAAAAGUUUAUUUAGAUGGUUUAUAUAUGUUAAUUGUUCCGAAAAACGAGGUUCGCCAAGAUCUUCGUGAAUAUCAUGAAGAAAAAAUGAAGAAAGUUCAAAGAAAAUUGGAUAAUCUUCGGAAAACAACGUCAGAUGAAAAGAAAUUUGAAGAAAAAGAAAAAAGUUUCUUCGAACGAAUGAAGAUUCAAAUGAUGCAAAAUCUUCAAUUAAAUGUGAAAAAUCUUCACAUUAGUUAUGAAACGAUGUCAACAACGAAAUUAGGUCAUCCAUUUUCAUUCGGAUUUACAAUUUCUUCUUUACAAUUUCAUUCAUCAACCAACUCGGAACAAAUCGGAAAAAACAAAGAAAAUUCUUUGAUCAUCUUCAAGUUGAAUGAAAUGAAUGAUUUUUCACUUUAUUGGAAUACAAAUUGUCAAUCGAGAAUCAAUCUUCCUUUUCAAUGUGUUCUCGAUGAUUUGAAAUCGAAGAUCGCACGAGAUGAUCAGAAACCCAAACGAUAUGUGAUGAAUUAUGUUUUUCAUCCAACAAAUUUGAAAUUUCAAUUGGAAAUGUCAAUGAAAUUUGCAGAACAGAAUUUCGAAAAACCAAUUGUAAAAAUUGAUUUUCGAAUCGAAGAAAUGAAUUUUGAAAUUGAUCCAAAACAAUUCUCUGAUCUAUUAGAUUUUGUUAAAUUUCAAAAUUAUUCCGUUUUUUACGAUCGUUGUCGAGAAUAUCGUCAAUUAUAUCUUAAAGAAUAUCUUUCAAAUUCAACAUUAACAUCAGAAGAAUCAAAUCGAAUUUAUAUCCUCGAGUCGAAAUUGGAUGUUUAUACAAUGGCGUAUAUCAGACAUAGUAUCGAAUUAGAAUUUCAUCGUCAAGGUGAAAAUGAAAAAGAAUAUUCUUGGUGGAAUUGGUGGUGGAAAGAAAAAGAAAAUUCAACUCAAAAUCAACUUCAAAAUAAUCCGGGAGAAUUUUUCUCAGAAGAAUCAUUGAAUACCGAUGUGAAUAUUGAAAUCAAUAAACUUGGAUUCAAUUUAUUAUUUCCGAAAAGAAAAAGAAAAUCACAUGAAAAUAACGCCAUUAUAAGUCAUAUUUCAAUUGAAAAUACUCAAAUUAGUUAUAAACGUCGAACAAUUUCAUCGAGUAUCUUAUGUGUUCUCAAUUUGGGAUAUUUUCAAAUCUUUGGUUUAAAAUCUUCUGACAAUUCUCGUCCGUUGAUGUUAACAUCAGCAAUGAAAUCAUUGAAUUCAUUAAUUCAUAUUGAAUUUGAAUUGGCACCAAUUAAUAAACAAUCCGAUUAUCGAUUUCUAUUAUUAAUGGAACCAUUGACAAUAAUUUAUCAUGCUGCGACAAUUAAUGAAAUUGUGGAAAAUUUUGAACCAAUUCGAGAAGAUUAUUUACCCUUUAUCGUACCAAAAAUGAAAGAAAGAACAUUUGAAGAAAUUGAAAAAGAUUUGUUGAAUAAGAAAAUCUUUGAUAUGACAAUUGAAAUCAAGGGUUUAUCGCUUUUGUCACCGGAAAAUGGAAUUUAUACUCAAGAUUCGAAAUUAGUUUGUGUUCAAUUUCAGAAUCUUCUGAUCAAAUCAGUAUUGAACAACAACAAUCAAGAAAAUACGGAAGAAAGAAGAUUUUAUGUGAAAUAUAAUUUAAUUCUGAAUGAUCUCAAAAUAGUUUAUUUAAGACCACAUAAAGAUCGAAUUGAUGUUUUGAAAUCAAUUCCACAAUUGAAAACAACUUUUUAUAAAUGUAUUUAUUCUGAUCAAAUGAAUUUCAUGGAUUGGAAAAUUGAUUUUCAAAUAAAUCAAAUGAAUUCUGUGAAUUUAUCGAAAAGAACGUUAAAGAAAUUAACGCGUCAUUUACAAUCAAUUCCAUUGUUUUAUUCAUCAAUGACACAAACAAUUCAACGAGUGAAUCUUUUCUUCAAAAUAUUUUCUCCAUAUUCAACAAUUCAAUUUGACGUGGCAAUUCAAAACUCUUCCUUCGUUAUUACGCGUUCACAAAAGUCUAUUCAAACAAAUUUCUAUGGUCGUCUAUUGAGAACAAGAUUAAAUGAAGAUCAAUUAAUUAGUUCAUUUGAAGUUGCAUUUAGAGAUCUUAUCAUGACAUUAUCAAAUCAGUCGUUCUAUCGAAAGGAUUCGAUUCAAAUAAUGUAUUUUAAUUAA